CCAUACGAAGUGUUAGGUCGUGCAGCCCCGUUGGCCGCUCUUUUACUUCAACUGCUUGGCGGACAUCAAAACAACGGCACCUUAGGCAGCGGAAGCAGCAACCAAAUCAGCAGCCAUGGUGAAGUAUUCGAAGGAGCCUGAUAACCCCACCAAGUCCUGCAAAGCAAGGGGAUCAGAUCUUAGGGUUCAUUUUAAGAACACGAGGGAGACGGCUUUUGCUAUAAGAAAGUUGCCUUUGGUUAAGGCCAAGAGGUAUUUGGAGGAUGUUAUGGCCCACAAGCAGGCCAUACCUUUCCGACGCUUUUGUCGUGGUGUCGGACGUACAGCUCAGGCAAAGAACAGGCAUUCCAAUGGACAAGGUCGUUGGCCUGUAAAAUCUGCCAAAUUCAUCCUUGAUUUGCUGAAGAACGCUGAGAGCAAUGCUGAGGUUAAGGGUUUGGAUGUCGAUGCACUCUAUAUUUCUCAUAUCCAAGUAAACCAGGCUCAGAAACAGAGGCGUAGAACCUACCGUGCUCAUGGAAGAAUCAACCCCUACACGUCUUCUCCUUGUCACAUUGAGUUGAUUUUGUCUGAGAAGGAAGAGCCUGUCAAGAAAGAGCCCGAAACUCAAUUGGCAGCAAGCAAGUCCAAGAAGUCCAGUGGUGCAUCCUCUUGAGUCUAAAAGUUGGCAUAUUUUAGCGAGUGAAUGAG